GGCACCGCCCCCACGUGCGCUUCCCGGCCUGGGGCUCGCAGGGCGGGUCCCACUGGUUCCGUGGCUAGCCGCCGCCAGCUCCUCAGUCGCCAUUGCGGUGCGGCCAAGCCGAUCUCCUGGCUUCUCCCCCUCCCCUUUUUCUCUCACUUCCUCCUGCGCAGACGGCGUGCCCCGUGGCACUGGGCGGCUGGCCUGCGGGUGAGCAGCGGCGCAGCGCCCCUGUCCGGCCAGCUCACCUUGCCCGGCCCGGCCGUGCCCGAGUGGCGACGGUCCCCCCAAGACACCCUUUUCCCUGCAGGAUGAAGAACCCAAUGCUGGAGGCGGUGUCACUAGUGCUGGAGAAGCUGCUCCUUAUCUCCAACUUCAAGCUCUUCAGUUCAGGCGCCCCGGGCGAAGACAAGGCAAGGAACACUUUCUAUGAGAUCAACUCUUUUCUCCGCGGCGACGUUCUGGAGGUGCCUCGGACCCACCUGACACACUAUGGCAUCUACCUGGGCGACAACCGUGUCGCCCAUAUGAUGCCCGACAUCCUGUUGGCCCUGACUGACGACAAGGAGCUCACGCAGAAGGUGGUCUCCAACAAGCGUCUCAUCCUGGGCGUCAUUGGCAGGGUGGCCAGCAUCCGCGUGGACACAGUGGAGGACUUCGCCUACGGAGCCGACAUCCUGGUCAAUCACCUGGAUAGGUCCCUCAAGAAGAAGGCGCUGCUCAACGAAGAGGUGGCGCGGAGGGCGGAGAAGCUGCUGGGCAUGACUCCCUACAGCCUGCUCUGGAACAACUGCGAGCACUUCGUCACCUACUGCAGGUUCGGCACCGCGAUUAGCCCCCAGGCCAACAAGUUUUGUGAGAAUGUGAAGAUAAUUAUUCGUGAUCAGAGAAGUGUUCUUGCUUCGGCAGUCUUGGGAUUGGCAUCUAUAGUCUGUCUGGGUUUGGCAUCAUAUACUGCCCUUCCUGCAAUUUUUAUUCCAUUCUGCUUAUGGAUGGCUGGCUAACUUCAUACCCUCGUUUCAGUGUGUGUAUUCUGUGUGUAGAUAUGUUUAUAUUUAUAGAGCACAAAUCAGUAUAAGCAUCGUUGAGAAAAAUGUGACCUGUAAUACUGCGUCCUGGAUAAAAAUGUGAUUAAGAAUCACACAAAGUGCUUACCGUGUAAGCCCAAGAACAAUGGCUUUCUGAAUCUUCCCAGGCAGUUCCAUUUCAAAGCACUGCGAAUCUUGGAAACAUGACAGCUUGUGCUAGAAUUCUCCAUUACAAGAAAAUCAGCCCCUAAGAUGAUGGCCGCAGGAGAUUAUUUGUGUUAUUUUUUUUCUCUGUAAUCAUUGUUCUUCUCUGUUAAGCCUAAAUUAGAAGAUUGGAAAAUUUACUGAA